CGUCUUCAAAUCUCUCUACUCACUUCCGCCUCUCUCAUUCCUCUUUCUUCCCUUUUCCCCUUUCUCGUAGAAGCGAGAGAUCAUCUUUAGCCGUUGGAGAUUUGAUCGAGAGAAAGAGAGAUAGGGGAGUUUUGUGGGAGGUCGAUUGAUUGCUUUUGAAUGGGGGUUUCGGAUUCCAUGGGGUUUUUGUGAGAAAUCGCUACCUCCAUUCGAUCGAUUUGGGUUUGAUCGCUGGAGAUUCUAUCUCUCUAGAGUCCGAUCUUGCAAUUUCUAGAUCAGGGUUGUAAAAUUUUUCCUGGGUUUCUUGUAAGCGGAAGGUGACGAAGAAAAUGGCUGGAUCAGACGAGAACAAUCUUGGAGUCAUUGGAGCCAUGAAUCUCCAUGGAGAAGGUGGUUUGCGAGGUGGUGUGGGAGGGAAGUUCAUACCGAAAACCGGGCAGACUCGGAGAGCACUCAGUACAAUUAACAAGAACAUCAUAAUCGGAGCUUCUCCUUAUCCUUGUGCUGUCAACAAGAGAGCAAUCUCUGAAAGGAAUGCAAUCUGUAGUAGUAAGAACAAUCCUCUUGUUCCGGUGCAUCGGCCAAUAACUAGAAAGUUUGCUGCUCAGUUAGCUGACAACAAGCAGCAAGAGGAAACCAAGAAAUCGGUCCCGGUUUCAUGCGAGCCGGCUGAUAGAAUCAUCAUAGAUGUCGAUGAAGAAGACUUCAACGAGCCAAUGUUUGUGCAACACACCGAAGCAAUGCUCGACGAGAUCGACCGGAUGGAGGAGAUCGAAAUGGAAGACGUGGAUGACGAAGAAGAAGAAGAGGCUGUGAUUGAUAUAGACAGUACUGACAAGAACGACCCUCUUGCUGUGGUUGAAUAUAUCGAUGAUCUGUAUUCCUUCUACAAGAAAAAUGAGUGCCGGAGCUGUGUACCACCAAACUACAUGGAGAAUCAACAGGAUAUCAAUGAGAGGAUGAGAGGAAUCCUCAUCGACUGGUUGAUCGAGGUGCACUACAAAUUUGAGCUGAUGGAGGAAACCCUUUACCUCACUGUCAAUCUCAUCGACAGAUUUCUCGCCGUCCACCAAAUCGCGAGGAAAAAGCUUCAGCUUGUCGGUGUUACGGCUAUGUUGCUCGCUUGCAAAUACGAGGAAGUUUCGGUUCCGGUGGUAGAUGAUCUCAUUCUGAUAUCCGACAAAGCUUACACCCGGAAAGAAGUGCUCGACAUGGAGAAGCUUAUGGCCAAUACCUUGCAAUUCGAUUUCUGUCUUCCGACACCAUACGUGUUCAUGAGACGGUUUCUGAAAGUCGCACAAUCUGAUAAAAAGCUCGAGCUUCUAUCGUUCUUCAUCCUCGAGCUUUGCCUUGUGGAGCACGACAUGCUGAAGUACCCUCCGUCUCAUUUAGCGGCUUCGGCUAUCUACACUGCUCUGUGUACACUUGACGGAUUCAAGCAAUGGAACAAGACCUGCGAGUUUCACACUGGAUACACAGAAGAACAGCUUUUGGAAUGCUCGAGAAAGAUGGUGACUUUCCAUCAGAAGGCGGGGUCAGGGAAACUGACCGGAGUGCACAAGAAGUACAGCACGUCUAAGUUCGGUUAUGCUACUAGAAACUCACCAGCUACAUUCCUUCUCUAAUGUUCAAAGAUCAAAAUGACACAAGGACUAUGACUCCGGAUCGAGUUUUCUGCCUUUUGUGUCUAGAAAGGGGAAGCGGCUCGAGAGAUUAGAGCAAUAGAAGUUGCUACCGGGCGGGGAAAUGUGAACACACACACACGUACGGUAUCUUUUGACGUUUGCUUGUUGUUUCCGAACAUCGGGUUAGGGUUCUUCUUGUUCAAUCCUUUUGAUCAUUUAUCUCUUCACUUGAGAGUCUGAAUUGUUUUUCACUCUUUAGAUUUCCUUGUUCACUUGCUGAAUGGAUAGUUAAGUAUGCCACAAGAAACAAACAAUACCAACUAAACCGGAUCCAGUUGGGUGCCAGCUAAACUGGUUUUUUCUUAGGUUUUGAAUGACAAUGGUUUUUAUUUUA